UUUUAAUAUAAUAGGCAUAUGUAUAAGUAGACAUGUGUGUAUAUAUAUGCCUUACACAUAAAUGUUACCUUCUUAUAUAGUUACACUAAUAACAAUUUGUAUUGCAUCAAGUUCCCUGGAGCACUAUGCACUAGAAAGGUUCAGCCACACAUCCUGUCUUUCCCAUUGGAGCUUAGGGUUUUCCUCAGAGACACUUCCCUGGUAACAUGUCCCUGAUUUCAUCCUGGACUGUGCCACCUCAGGUUUCUGGUGGGGUCUAGACCCUGCUGGCUUCUUGCCAUAGCAGCUUUGUCCUGUUGAGAACACGUGCCUGACACUACUGUGCUCUCCAAGGACAGAGCCGCAGUCCUGCUUUUUCCUCCCAGGACUCAGCCCUGGUUCCUGGCAUGUAUGCACCAUGCCGUGGAUGUUAUGGCCUCUCAUUCGUUCCCUAGACAACCUCCUGUCCUCUAGUGGGACAAGGGCUCUGUCUAUGUUCAGCUCCUGGAUUUCAUCACCUUUUCUCAUUCCAGUUUUAGCCUCUGGUGAGCAGUUCUUUGUGCAGACCCUGGGCUUCUUAGCAAACCAUCUCCGGUCACCCUGUACCUGUAGGGCCUUUGCAUCUGGUGAAGCAUGUGGAACCAGCCCUUCCUGGUCCCCCCACCCCCACCUUCCUAGGACCCUUUCCAAUGGAGCCCUGCCCCUGAGGCUGGGGCCACCUCUGCCUCAGGAUGUCACCCCACCUGCACUCCACUGUUGCACUUCUCUUUCAGGCCUCCCUCUCAGCUGCAGCCCUCCUGCUGACAUUCCUGAAUUGUUCCCAGGUUCCCUGCUGAUGGAGGGAGCUGGCCUUAUGAGGUGGGGAGGGUACAGCAGCUGGAGAGAGCUGGCCCAGGCUCUGGCCAGCAGGAAUAUUCCAGCUGUGGAUCCCAACCUCCAGUUCUACCAUCCCCAGAGGCUGAGACUUGAGGACCAAGCAGUCGGCCCAGGUGGAGGCAGUAACAGCAGCUACUUGAAGCAGAACAAGCCUGUGCCCUGGCUCUCGGAGUUCCGGGGUCGGGCCAACCUGCACGUGUUUGAAGACUGGUGUGGCAGCUCCAUCCAGCAGCUCAGGAGGAACCUGCACUUCCCACUGUACCCCCACGUCCGCACUACCCUGAGGAAGCUGGCCGUGUCCCCCAAAUGGACCAACUAUGGCCUCCGCAUCUUUGGUUACCUGCACCCUUUCACCGAUGGGACAAUCCAGUUUGCCAUCGCUGCAGACGACAAUGCCGAAUUCUGGCUGAGCCGUGAUGACCAAGUCUCCGGCCUCCAGCUGCUGGCCAGCGUGGGCAAGACUGGAAAGGAGUGGACAGCGCCUGGAGAGUUUGGCAAAUUUCGGAGUCAGAUUUCCAGGCCAGUGAGCCUGUCAGCCUCCCACAGGUACUACUUCGAGGUGCUGCACAAGCAGAACGAGGAGGGCACGGACCACGUGGAGGUCGCGUGGCGACGUAAUGACCCUGGAGCCACGUUCGCCAUCAUCGACUCCCCGUCACUGUCCCUGUUCCUGAAUGAGACCGCCCUGAGGAUGGACGAGGUGGGCCACAUCCCUCAGACGGCGGCCAGCCACGUGGGCUCCUCGGACUCUCGCGCCAGGGACGAGCAGCCACCCGCCGACAUGCUGCGGCCAGACCCACGGGACACCCUCUAUCGAGUGCCUCUGAUCCCCAAGCCUCAGCUCCGCCACGUCCUGCCCGACUGUCCCUACAAACCCAGCUACCUAGUGGAGGGGCUCCCUCUGCAGCGCUACCAGGGACUCCGGUUUGUUCAUCUGUCCUUUGUCUACCCCAAUGACUACACCCGCCUGAGCCACAUGGAGACCCACAAUAAAUGCUUCUACCGGGAAAAUGCCUACUACCAGGACAGGUUCAGCUUUCAGGAGUACAUCAAGGUUGACCAGCCUGAGCAGCAGGGGCCGGAGCAGCCAGGUUUUGAGGUGGGCCUUCUAGAAGAGUCCCAGUAUGGAGAAGUGGUAGAGGAGACCCCCGCCUCCAACGACCAGAACAUGCUGGAGGGAAAACAAAUGUCUACCCCUCCCCCUGGGCAGGACGUCACUGACCACCGCCUCGGGAGCCUGCGGAAACUGCUGGCUCAGCCCGGGGAGGGCCUGCUGGCGCCCUUUUCCAAGCACAGCUCCACGGCUCUCUUCCCAGUGAGGACCAGCGAUGUCGCAGUCCAGCAUCCGGAGAAGAGGAAGAGGAAAGCCAGCCCUGAGCCCAGCCAGGGUUCACCUCAUUCUGACACGUGGACUCCUCCGCGCCCAGCAGGGAACCCGCCUCCAAUGGAGAGGCCCAGGCCCCCGGGCGAUGGCCGCGGGAAGACUCUCCAGCGGUCGCAGUGGCUGAACCAAGUGGAGUCAUACAUUGCGGAGCAGAGAAGGGGUGACAGGAUGGAGCCCCAGGCCCCCAGGAGGAUGUGGCGGGGGGAGGAGGAAGUGGUGGCAGCUGCAGGACAGGAAGGACAAGUGGAGGGAGAGGAAGAGGGGGAAGAAGAGGAAGAAGAAGAGGAUUUGAAUGAGGUAUUCGAGUAUGUACCUCUGUUUGACCCAGUGGUAAACUGGGACCAGACAUUUAGCUCCCGGAAUCUCGACUUCCAAGCCCUGAGGACUGACUGGAUCGACCUGAACUGCAACACAUCUGGCAACCUGCUGCUUCCAGAGCGGGAGGCUCUCGAGGUUGCGAGGGUCUUCUUGAAGAAGCUUAGCCACAGGAGCCGGGGGAGGUACCAACUACAGCGCAUUGUGAAUGUGGAGAAGCGUCAGGACCAGCUACGUGGGGGUCGCUACCUCUUGGAGCUUGAACUGCUAGAACAAGGCCAACGCCUGGUGCGGCUCUCUGAAUAUGUGUCUACACGAGACUGGCAGGGCAUCAAUCCAGCUGGCAGGGAGGAGGCUGAGGCCCGGAACCUGCAAGGCCUGGUCUGGGGCCCACACAAGCAUCGGAGACGCGUUCUGGAUGUCCAGACCUCAGAGCCCAAGCUGUGCUGGCCCCAGGGUUUCUCGUGGAAUCACAGAGCCGUAGUCCACUUCAUUGUGCCUGUGAAGAACCAGGCACGCUGGGUGCAGCAAUUCAUCAGAGACAUGGAAAACCUGUUCCAGGUCACUGGCGACCCACACUUCAACAUCAUCAUCAUUGACUAUAGCAGUCAGGACAUGGAUGUCGAGAUGGCGCUGAAGAGGUCCAAGCUGCAGAGCUACCAGUACACGAAGCUAAAUGGAAACUUUGAACGCUCGGCUGGACUUCAGGCUGGCAUAGACCUGGUGAAGGACCCGCACAGCAUCGCCUUUCUCUGUGACCUCCACAUCCACUUCCCUGCGGGAGUGGUCGACGCCGUCCGGAAGCACUGUGUGGAGGGCAAGAUGGCCUUCGCCCCCAUGGUGAUGAGGCUGCAUUGUGGGGCCACCCCCCAGCGGCCUGAGGGCUACUGGGAGGUGAAUGGGUUUGGGCUGCUCGGCAUCUACAAGUCAGACCUGGACAAGAUCGGGGGCAUGAACACCAAGGAGUUCCGGGACCGCUGGGGCGGGGAAGACUGGGAGCUGCUGGACAGGAUCCUCCAAGCAGGCCUGGAAGUGGAACGUCUCUCCCUCAGGAAUUUCUUCCAUCACUUCCAUUCCAAGCGAGGCAUGUGGAACCGCCGCCAAAUGAGGACACUGUGACCCUGUGGGUGGCCCGUGGACCCCAGGCUUCCUGUUCCUUGGUGGCAGCUCCCCAUGCCCCUGCUCGCUUCUCGGGACAGGAGGGGCAGGGUGGUGGUUGGGCCCCAUGGGCCUCAGGGCUGACACCCCUGCCCUGGGAGGGCUCCUCUCCACCGCUGGGCCUCUGGAAGGGAGGACUUUGCGGAGAAGCCAGGAGGGCCGCUGUCUCAGCCGACAGGUGGAGCAGCUCCUCAGGAGAGGCCUCUCGAGAAUGCCGAGAAGGCGCGUCCCAGCGUCCACGCUCACAAGGAGUGCUGAUCUGAACUGUACACUCUCUGUCAACCGUAUUUUAUUGGGGUGGGUUAACUAAAAAACAAAACUGCUGUGCAGACACAGCAUUAGCUAUGCACGGGGUGAAGCUGUGCACUGAGGAGCCGUCGCACUUGCAGACCUCAGACCCCUCCUGUGCAGAGGUGCAUCCCUCCGGCCAUGUCCCUUCCCGAGGGCUGGCCCCACAUGGAGCAGGCUCGUGCCUUCGGAGACACGCAUCUCUCCUGGUAGCCACCGGACAGCUGGCCGCCAGUUAGGGCAUUAACCUCUCCCAGGCGGUGCUCACUGCAACCCAGAGACAGGCCCGGCGCACUCCCCGGUGCGCACGGAGGUUGGGAGGUGGGGAACUGCGGGCCGGGCUCGCCAUGCCCCGGCGUUGGGCAUGGAGCCAUGCGGGCUUAGCCUCCAGCCACCCUUCCUAUCGCCUGAUGGUCCCGUGUUCUCUUGCACUAAUAACCCCGGUGCUUCUGUGGCUGGGGAUGUUUCUACUGAUGCCGCUGCCUCCGCCGCUGCUGCGAACGCACCGUGGUGCAUUGGGCACCUGGGCCUUGAACUCCAGGCUCUGUCCAGGGGUGAGCACAGGGCUCCUGCUGCGAGGAAAGGCUCGUGGAAGUUGUGCCGGGGCCCAGGGCACCGGUCAGCUGAGCCCACACUCCAGGCUGCGACAGUCUGAAUCCCAGCAUUUGGAGCCACAGGGUCUACCCAGUGGGCUCUGCGUUCACCAAGAGCAUAAGCGUGGCAGACAAGAGGAUGGAGCCCGUGAUGAACCUUCUGGGGAUCUGGGAGAAUUGGUCUGCCUCUACAAAAUCAGGAAGGACAAAGACUUUGCAGUUAAUAGGUCAUGGCUCACAAAUGCCAUAUCUGCUCCCUGGCUACAGCUUUCUCUGGUCCCGGCUCAGGCCUCCUGCCCCCUGGCAAGGGCCUGUGGGAGCAAGCUGGGGCUGCAGUUGGCAAGCUAGGCUACUGGGGUUCUUCCUGGGGCCCAGCAUUCCUGGGCAUCUCGCUGGAAGGCUGGGACCGCCUGAGCAGCCUUCUUGCUUCACUGGCAACCAGGAGCCAGCCCAGCCUUCCUACCCUGCCCACCGCCCCUCUGUCCCUGGCUAGUGCCUUGUGUUUGAUGUUUGUUACCUCUUCACCAUCUGCCUUAAGGGGAAGGGCUUGGCGCAGCCCCUACUUUGCAGGGAAACGCCUUGGGUCAGGGGAGGGAGUGCGAUUGGGGAGGAGCAUUAAAUAUAGCAUCUUCUGGCCGGGCGCGGUGGCUCAAGCCUGUAAUCCUAGCACUCUGGGAGGCCAAGGCGGGCG